CCAAGAUGGCGGUUAAAGGGGUGCAGGUGCCCGUCUCGGUGGGAUAUCACAUAACGGACUAUUUUAAUCUGAUUUUUGAUGUUUGGCAGCAAAACAGUGAAUCUGUGACUAUGGUGUGAUAAGACUGAUCACACACACCAGGUGAUCUCUAACAAAAUCCUGUGACAAGUGACCUGCAAUUAAAACUAUGGAGCAUCUGUCAUAUUACUUCUAUAACCAGGCAGGCUACCAGACUGCUCACAAGCGGUACAGGAAGCUACCGGAAGACCUUCCGGAGAGUCUGAAAUUUGCUCACCUCAAUCCCAAAGUUGCUGCCUACCUGGCCAACAAAGAGAAGCAGAAGCAUGAGGAAGACCUGUUUGGUGAUGGCAUGGGCAAGAAGAGUCUGAUGCCAGAGAUCAACCAGGCCUUCCAGCACAUCAAGAACCGUCUGGACAGCUCCUUACUCAACGAUGAGGACUCGCAACGCUACCUCUUUGAAGAGGCCAAGUCAUCAGCCAUAAACAUCCUUCAGCAGCUGGCACGAAUUAUCUAUUACUACGAGGACAUUGCCAGCUGCAUUCCCAGAAGUCUGGAGUACCAGCUUAUGACUGGUUACAGAGAGCUGACGGCAGACGUGAUCUUUGUUCCAAGAGAGUGGCAGACACUGGCCUCCAGAGAACAGUUCCUGCGGAGUCUGGCAGAACAAGGGAGUGAUGAGGACAGGAACUUUGUUGAUGAUGGUGAUGGCAAGACUUCAAGGUUAGAGGUUAAUGUGAAGCCUAAGAAGAAAUCCUCGAAGUUAGGUCUUCCAGAAAUCACUGAAAUGGAAGAAACAGGUCGGAAUACGGGACGCCGAAGUGAUAGCAAGACGUCUCCAGUUUCCCGCGCUCGCAGUCAAGGCCGAGGUAAAAAUGCUUUAGGAAUGGAUAGAAUUUCAGUCUGUGGCUCUGUGCGGUCUCCGGGGAUGAAGCGAGGUCAUGGAGAUGACUUGAUGUCUGCUCUCACUGAAACACCAUCAGAAGUCAGAUCCAUAAUGGGCGUGUCCGGUUACUACAUGUCAAUCAUUCAGUUCCAGUUGUCAUCGAAACAGUGUGAAGAAAAAGGAUGGAUAGUACAGAAAGGCCAUGAGAACGAGAUUGCCAGAGACACGUUACUGGAAUGGUGUGUCCACAGACUGCAGCAGAGCAUGAAGACCACAAAACAACAGCAGCUCCAUGACAAACAAAAUGGCUUAGACAAACCAGUUCAAGUUCGUUACUAUGGUGAUACGAGAAAAGAGACAUUGUUAAAAUACCGUAAAUCCCCUGUGAAACAGAUGCCAAACCCAGCACUAAAAGGACAGAAACCACGAAUACCCCGCAUGUAUAAUGAUGACAGAGACGAAGGGAAGGCAUUGUGUGUGACUUCCCACCUCGAUGGGACGUCUGUUGUAUAUUAUCCCUCCGGUCGAGUGGCUAUCAUUUCUAGUGCUGCGGGGUUUGGUCGUCCUGGUUACUACUUGCUGGCAUAUGAUGAUGAUCAGGAGAUGAGGAUGCUAGCAUGUUUUACUCCAAGUGGAAAGGGCUGCGUUUACCACAACAACGGGAUCAUCAGGUUCCUGGCCACACACAAAGGUGGACACGUAGCAGAUGAAGAGGGAAGCAUCACUCAGAGGUGGAAGUGGCCAUAUGGAAAUAUCAAAAUUACAAACCCGGUCUCAUUUCAGAUCAACAGCUCGCUGGUGUUUCGGUGCAUGACUCAGUCUCAGAUGGUUGUUUCGUUCAGCUGUAAGCGAGAAACCUGCAAGUUUGUUGUGGGACCCGUGGCUGGUGCUGUUGAACCCAAAUAUGGAGAUGAAAAUGAACAACUCCUGACAGCAUUUACGUUUUCUUCCCUAGCUGCCAAAGAACUUUUGAAUUUGUUUAGUCCUAAAACAAAGUCGAAGUCCAAAUCAAAGAAGAAGCUUGACCGGUACAAGGGUCAGUUGGCCGAGCUUCAGAAGAUGUACGAGUACCAGGAGAAAGCUCUGUAUGACACAGAUGCCGACAAGGAUCUCGCUCGACUACAGAGAAAAGCCAGAAAUCUGGUGGAUGAUUGGAUGGAACACUAUCGUAUAACAGUUGGCUUGAGUUCUCCAAGUCUGAACAUGAUGUCAGAUUCUCCAAGAAUGAGGGUUCGAUACUCACAGUCCGCUAAACUCUCGGAUGAUAAAUUCAACCGCCAGGCCUCUCUUGGUAUUUCCAGCGCCGAAGAGACCAAAACAAGAGCUCUGCGGGCACCUUCAGCUCCUGCAGAUCCAGGGAAACGUGCUAAGACACGUUCUGCUCGCCAGAGGGAGUCUCCAUCUCGACGCAGUAUGACAGCCUCUGUCAAGUUUGACCACUCGGCCGACACGGUCACUGCAGGGGGUGAGGCUGACCCUCACACGCCCACCACCCCUUCAGCCGGCGCCAUCAUGAACCGAUUAGUGGAAGCUGCUACAAAAUCUAAUUCCACGAGAAGUCACAGCAAGAGUCCUACUCGUCAGGCCACGUUUACGUCAUCGCCGCCCGAACGUGUUCUGUCAAACAUCGGUGCAUGCCCCAGUGCAAUCCGACAGAUGCUGCUGGGACAUGACAAACCUCAGUGUCACUGCAGUCGCCACGUGGUCACCUACAUCACUGACGUCGAAUUUGAUGAGUUUAUGCAGAAACACGCAUUAGAGGGACAACUUCAGAUUGUUGCCGUUGUUUCAUCUCUCUUUCCGAAGGUCCUCAGUGCUGAAGACAUGCUGGACGAGCUGUAUGUGAAGAUGAACCGAAACCGGACGAGACCGUGUCUGCAGUGUCGCACCGACAUGUACCGGAUACUGAAGUACGACAUCAACAGUGCUGCGGACAACACCAACCACACACAGCCGCUACUGCUUACCAGGCACAACGUCGUACCCGGCAUGUUCCUCAUCUACUGUGAUGGCAGACUGUUAUUCUGUGAUCACAUCUUCAACGGUUAUGGCAAUACAAAGAAGGAUUUCAAAAAACAGAUCAUGAACUCAAGAAAAGAUUUUCAACAAGGCUUUAGUCUUCCCAAAGACUUCAAAUUCAGUCCCAGUCGAGGCUGCCAUGGUCCUAGGUCAGCGUGGGGUGGUGAGAUAGGCGGAACUGGUAUAGAUCACCACGGUAACCCCGGUACCUCCCUACGAACGAGAGUUCCAUCAGACUGCAGCAGCAAUAAGGCGACAAUGGCACCGAUGAUAGACCAAGUCAAGGUAUUAGACAGCGUCAACAGCUUUCUCAACAUGAGUCUUACUCCCACCAUCUACCAGCAGCGAACUAGCCUGUCAGACAGCAGCAUCGGCAUCCGACGCAGCAACAUGUCAGAAACCUCGAUACACCGCCAACAAACCAGCCUUGUGGAACAGACAAACUGCCAGCACCGCCAACUCAGCAACCUUACGAGAUACACCAGCAAUCUGAGGAAACACCUGGAGCUUCAGAACCCAACACAACAGUCUGUUCCUUAAGGAUGACAUGAUGAUACCUGACUCUGUGCUCAUAAAACUUUUAAACUUAACAGUCUGUUCCUUGAGGAUGAGAUGAUGAAACCUGGCCUGUGCUUUUAAAACUUUUAGACACAAGUCUGUUCCUUGGUGAUAACAAGAUGAAACCUGGCCCUAUGCUUAUAAAACAUUCAAAUGUAACCAUCUGUUCCUUGAUGAUGAAAUGAUAAAACCUGGUCUCAUACUUAUAAAACAUUUAGAGUCUGUACUCAAGUUAUUCAUUGAUGAUGAGAUGAUGCAACUUGCCCUGUGCUUAUAAAAACUUUUAAACUUAACAGUCUGUUCCUUGGGGAUGACAUGAUGAUACCUGACUAUGUUCUUAUAAAGCCUUAGACUUCACAGUCUGUUCCUUGGUGAUGAGAUGAUGAAACCUGGACUGUGCUUAAAAAACGUUUAGACAUAACAGUCUAUUCCUUCAUGACAAGAUGAAACCUGGACCUAUGCUUAUCAAACUUUUAGACUCAAGACUCAACAGUCUGUUCCUUGAUGACAAGAUGAAACCUGGCCUGUGCUUAUAAAACUUUUAGACUUCACAGUCUGUUCCUUGGUGAUGAGAUGAUGAAACCUGACCCCAUACAUAUAAAGGCUGUUGAGUCUAAACUCAUCAGUCUGUUCCUUGGUGAUGAGAUAUGAUUCCCUGCUUAUAAAACUUUUAAACUCAUUUAGACGUAAGACUCAACAGUUUUUUUUCUUGAUUAUGAGAAGAUGAAAUAUGGCCUCGUGCUUAUAAAACUUUUACACUGGAGACUGAAAAGUCCAUUCUUUGAUGAUGAGAUGAAACCUGGGUCCAUGUUUAUAAAACUUUUUAAAGUCUUAACUCAGGACUCUAAUAGUCUGAGACGUUAUGGCAACACCAUACAAACUGUAUGCAUGUGAUGUCAAGAAAAACUUAAGUCUAGACUCUAGUUUUAUAAGCAUGGGCCCAGUCCUGUACUUAUAAAAUCUAGACUCCAGAUUCUAUAAGAGUCUGAGACUUUUAACAUCAUAUUGUAUAUGUGUGAUAUAACUAAGAUUUGAGUUUAGACUAUAAAGCUUUAUAAGCAAGUGCCUAGGAUUAUGUUCAGUGACUAAGGGCAAUUCUAUUGUUAAUAGAUGAUUUGUCUGUUUCCCGAUGUCAUGAAAGUGCAAAAACCAGAGGCCUAAUUCACUGAACUCUCGCAACUUUGCAAUCUCGCAGUGUAAUGCUAAAAGAAUUGCAAAGAGGACGCUUUGUUGUCUAGCAGAGCCUAAGAGAGCUUUGUGAAUUAGGCCCCAGUUUAGCAAGCUUUUUUUCGAUUAAGUGUAGAUGAGGCAUCAAUAUAUUGUUAUAGUUGAUCUGGUGAUUAACACAUUCAUGACAUAAGGGUUAUUAAUUUAGUUCUUAACAGAAGCAAGAUUUCUUUACCUCCCAAAGGUUUGAAACUCAUAUUGUGGAGUGGGAAUAUAUCUCGUCUUAAAUUUCAAAAUGGAAACAAAUAGAAAGUAAGGAGCGGUUCCAGAAAACAAAAAAUGUAUUCCUAUUAUUAAUAUCAACAAGGUAGCAUGGGAGGACAUAAGCAUUGAUUAGGUUAUGUGUUGAUCUCGCAUUCACUCAUAAUUGCCAUAGCAGUACGUAUAUAUACAUUCUAUAAUGAUUUCUUGACCAGCACUAGACUGGUAAACAUGUUUUACAAACCACAAAAACAGUAGGAUAAACACUGGGCUCCUGAUUUUGUGCUGAUCUCACUUGCACUCUGAUAGUGACAUUUUGUAAUGAUCUUAUUUAGGAUACAAUCUCUCCAAAAGGAUUUAACAGGAUACAAUCUCUCCAAAAGGAUUUAACAUGCAGACUGUUUUUCUCUAAAAAUUAAAUGUGAAAAUAUUUUCUUAUACACACACAUGAGACAUCACCCGUUGUAUACGAUUUUUGUCUCCAUCAUAUGUUGGAGAUCAGUUUUGAGACUUGUGAUUGGUUGCUCUACGGUGAUGACAAUGUCACCACAGCCAUGUCAUCCAAUAAAAUAAGCACAACCAAAGUUGAUUGCUCUGUGACAUAUAAGUUAACCUGAAACCGAUUGUUCUGUGAUGCAUGUUAACUGCAAGUAAGUAAGUAUCAACCUCGUUUUUGAGAAUACGAAAGAAACAGAAUACUACAUUUGCUUUCACUUGUGCGAUACAUUUUUAAUGGAUGUUUUACCCUCUACCACAACUUUUAUACAUGUUAAUACCACCACCAUCCUCUUUCCUUGUAUCAGUAAGUGCAUAUACAUCAAUCCUCCUGAGAUCGUAAUUAGAAGCUGGUAUUGUGGGCAUUUUACACCAUGAAAUCUAAGACAGAAGAAUAACGGAAUUUAAGUUUAUGCAUACAAACGUCUUUUUUCAGUAGAUUCAGUAGGCAUGGUUAUGCAACGUGUGUGCAUUUUUGUGAGUGUAUGUACUGUCAGCAAAACCCCCUCCCCUCAUGUAUAUUGUUUAAAUUCCCCUCCCCUACUGGGUGUGCAUACUUUGUGGAAUUAUUUGUAUUGGGCAAUAUGGAUGUGAAUUGUGGUGCUUGUCGGAGAAAUAUUUAUUUGUGUGUAGGCGUGUUUGACUGUGUGUGCAUGCAUGUGUGUAUGAAUGUGUUUAUAUAUAUACAUAUAUAUCCAUCCACUUAUACAAAGGAAUGUUGAUGCGUGUGCCUGAGCAUAGUCUUUAUUACUCAGCUUACAAGAAAUUGUUUACUAAAAUAUUUACAAGUUUGUGAUCUCGGUUACUUGUGAUCGUUUUACUUAAAUAUUGCUGAACCAUGUAGUGCCUGUUUUGUAAGUUUCCUGUGCCUAUAUUCCAUAUGAACUGAUAGUUGCCGUAAUUUUGCCCCUUCUAAGAACACAUUUUAAUUCUUUUCCUAGUGCUUUCUGUCCAGAUUUUCUAGUGCCUUUUUGCUUGAACCAAGUCUUCUGGUGCCCGUUUUCCGUUUGAACUGAAUGCAUCACCAAUUCUGGUGCCUGAUAUAUACUCUUAAAAAAAAGUAGGGGAACCUGAAAUAUUAAUGUUAAUAUCAACUAUUAAACCGAACAUACGUUUUGACCAUAGAUAUCCUAGUAAAGAACGUUCAGGUCUGUUUAUCAACACACCGAAACACAUUCCAUAGUUUGCACUUGCAUCACGCAGUUGCUCCGUACAAGUGCGUGGGGGGCGUCAUUCUUGAUUUUGACAAUUUCCAGGAAGGUCCAUUAAUCACUGUGGAACAUUAUUUCUGUCAAUCUUUUUCAUUCUGUUGAUCAUACAGUUGUUAUUGUUUUGUUUUUAGUCAUUUUUAU